AUGGGAGAUCAACAGGUGGUUUUUAUGAGCCCACAAACAGAAAACCUGGACUACUUAUACAGCCUGGUAGAUAGAGUUUCUCAACAAAUGACAGAGAACAAGAAAAAGCGAGCAGCACUGCUACGGGAGAUUGACGUUUUGGUCAAUGAGGUUAAUCGGUCUUCCUUGAAGAAACCGCCGCGGGACACGGAUUUCGAGGUCAUAUCGAGUUUUUUGAAACAAAGAAACAUACAGGUCCAGGAGCCGGUGACACAUCGCAGCCGUUCGGACGCAGAGGAGAUCGAGAACCUGCGAGAACAGAACAGUGUGCUGAAAAGCAUGCUACAGGAGAAAAGUAACAACAACAACGAGAUGCUAACACUGCUGAAAGUGCACGAGGGCUGUCUAUCGGAUGUAGUGAGUCUGCUUCGACGGGACGUGCUGUCAUACCACCAGGGCUUGAUAAACAAGUGCCGGGAACUCUACCAGGAUCGAAUAUGCGUGCUUGAGGAUGAGGAGUUUAAGGAAUACAUGGAAAACGUCACAGAUGUACAGGAGUUGCUGGACAUGUCAGAGAUUUUUCGACUUUUGCUCAGGAUGAGCUGA